CAAAGGCAGAUCACAUCUAAACCAUAUCUACUUCGGGCUCGCACGAUAAAAAGAAUAAACCUAUCUUUAUUGCGACAACUAUCGUCAUGACGUCUACGCCCGCUUCGAAUCACCAACAUCCUCCGUCGACUUCGGCGCCUGAAUUCCCCUCCAACCAGACAUCGCACACUUCCCAUAUUGAUCCGAAUGCCCACCUUGGUUCCGUUGGAUAUGCGCCGAAUGAUAAUCAGCUUGCUGGGCUGGUAGAAGCUGCUACGGCAGCAGCUGGGCAAGAUGUCUCUGAAUGGGCUGCCGCAGCGGCUGUCGCAGCAGCAGCUAGCGCUGGGCACCAGAACCAACUAGAUAGCUAUGGACCAGAAAUUCAUAUUGAGGAUGACGGCUUUGGGGAUUCAGGCUUCGGGGCAGGAAUAGGUGGUGGAAGACAGCUGAGAGGACCAGGCCCGGCAUCCGCUAGUGAGCAGACUCAACCUUCAGGGCUGUCUAGAGCUGUGUCAAAGAAAAGAAAGAGGGGGGAUGAUCCACUUGACCCCGCAUUGACAGCCGGCGUUGGUCUUGGUGGCCAACAGCAGCAUUCACAACAACACCAUCACCCUCACCAGUUUGAUGGAGAUUCCUUGGAAAUUAGGACCGUGCCGCCCCAGCCGUUGUCAGAAGCUCGUGCUAUAGGCCUUCACUCUGCCGCCGCUCUAUUUCGCCAGCCUUCGAGUAACAAAAAGCAUACACGCCCACCCAUGUCGAAGCUUUUCGCAUCGCUUGAGCUAUCGCCAGAGAACUUCCUGCACCUUCAAGCAGCCGCUAAGGGCUACAUGCUGAAUGAUGAGCACCCAGAGAGACGGGACUGUGUGGGACAGAGGGGCAAAGGUGACACGGAAAUGGUGAAAUUGAGACUCUGGAAUUGCGUCCGCGAUUUUUUGGAAGCUGAGGGGAACGGGGAACGGUUCUUUGGCGAGAAUGUGAUGAAUGAGGGCAUGGGUCCUAGGACUUACAUAUGGCCUCGCGACCAACAGAAGAUUAUCGCAUUGGUUAUACCUUUGCUGAGGAGAAUGGUAACCAACGAAAGGCAACGACAGUACGCGAUUGAGACUCGCAAAGGUGGCCCAGAUGAUAGAAAGAGGAGAAAGACAGAAGACUUCCAGAACGUCCACCACGAUAGCCCGUCGAAAUUCACGCCAGAAGAGCAGCUGCAACAGAUUCAUACGCAACAUCACAUCCCCGAAGAAUUUGCUCCUGCACAGGCUCCAAUUCCCGCACCACAGCCUCAGAUGGGGUCCAACGCACACGAUAUGGACCUGGGCUUAACUGAUCUUCUUCUAGACGGAUACCCAACCGACUGGGAAGCAAUCGCAAAGUCGUACGAAACCUAUAACCAUGAUUACGAACUCGACAACUUGUGGUCCCUCUCAGGUCUCCAGCAGCCAGAUUGGCGCGGUUUGGUAGCAGCUGUCGACAGCCAUUACCAAAUCUUCCAUCAAGGCGCAUACGAUUGUCCCGGGCCUUGUGAAGACGAAAAUGUCAAUCGUAUUCUAAAUUCUAAUGCGACAACGGAUCUUCGAUGGCGAAUUGGUGGGGCCCGUGAACAGCCUGCCAGGAAUGAAUUUGCCAGCAGCAUCACGCGUGACAUCUCACGGGUUAUUCGCGACAAUUUAGCUGCCAAACAGGGCGUUCAUACUGCUACCCAUGACCAAGCUCCAGUGUCCCAGCCGCCAUUCGUCCCUCAAACCGAAAACCAUCACAACACUACAUCUCAAACUCCGAUAACCCUCCGUAUCAACAUCCUUCAGAACGGCAAGCGUAUCCUUCCUCGUGUCGACAUCCCUGCAGAACAGUGUCCUGAUCUUGAAACUAUCAAGCAGGUUCUCUAUCGUCGAUUUGCUGGUCAGCUGCCAGGUUUCUCCGAUUCCGGGUUUGAUGGUGCUGCCGCCACCUGGGAAUCUUCUGUCGCAUGGAAGUUCAAAGUAUGGCUCCCUAAUGGUUUAGCCCCUGUACAGAACGACGGCGAGUGGACAAUUUCCCUUCUCUCCGCGGGAACUGUGGAUUGGAUGGACGGCGAGCUGAAGGUUCUUGUCGAACUUGAGGGAUCAUCUUAAAUGAGCUUCUAUGUCAAUAGUGGUAUUUUGACUUUGUUCUUUUAGUUUGUUUCUGUUUCUGUGAACCCCACUCAUACCCCCAAAUCAGCAAAAUUUCUGGCGUUGGAAUUUCCUUGUCUUUUGCUCCGCCCAGAAAACUGGUACAUACUAUGGGCUCUUUUUUUUUUUUUUUUACUUUCGAUCAUCCAUAUUAUUAUGACUCCUAUGUUAUAUCGGACAUGACUUACGGCAUGAGAUUCCAGGCAAGCACUUCUUUAUGUUUGUUACCUCUGGGUUUGAAUCAAUAGACUUCUUUUGAAAAUAUUAAAUGGAUGCAAAUUAUCUGGUCUUUAGUAUUUUACUGGAUCAAAUAACAUUUCCAAACUCUCCUGGG